AUGGCAUCUUCCCUCCGAGCACAGUCUUCCCGUCUGCUUCGCUUGCGGUCUUCUCUAAUUCCCCCGUUCACCCCCCUUUCUCUUUCCUUGACCAACCUUCUUUCUCAGUCACGUGGUCUUCCUCGUAAUCCAGCACAUAUCCGAGUCCCAUGUACCAACAUCUCUUCAACGGCGACCAGCAGGCAGCCUCUCGCCAAAGGGACGCAGGUUACGUCCCUCUCCGGGAAAACUUACACGAUUGAUGAAAUCAUCUACCAGCGGUCCAGGGGAAGACUUCUUUGCUGCUUAUACCGUGCCAGCCACGAGGGCAAGCAGUAUGUACUUAAGGACAUUCUUCCGGGCGACUUCCAGUAUAUUCUAGACCUACAGAAGCUCGUUGACGGCUCGGCCCACGUCCGAACACUUGUCGAUAGCAUUCCCGAUCGUCAUAUGUUUAUAUAUCCUUUCCUCGACACAAAUCUGCAGCUCGUCAAUACAGCAGCAAUCCCGCCCUCUGUUAAGAAGGAUAUCCUCAGGGACGCUCUUGCCGGCCUGGCUGACCUGCACGAAAAGGGCAUCUACCAUACAGAUAUCAAGCCCGCCAACAUCAUGAUGUCCUCAUUUAGGAGAAGCGAUGGUACAAUUGGGUUUAGAGAUGUGCAGAUCAUAGACCUGGAGGAUGCUGUAGUAUUGCCUCCCGACUCCCAAGGCCUUGGGAAGCGCCUUACUGGGAACCAGUUCUGGAGAAGCCCCGAAGCGUGGGCAAGAGCAGCGCAGCAUACCCCAGCUGAUAUCUUCUCUUUCGGCAUUGUGGCUAUAUAUGUCUGGCUUAACAGGAUGGUGUUCUUCUCGGACGAAGCAAACAAGGCCGAGGACCCAUCGGAUAUGAUACUCACGCUCCACGUAUCACACUUCGCUUACGAUCUUGACGACUUUGGCGGUUUCAUCGAGUACCAUGGAGGAGAGGACGAUCCCUUUGUCCAACGCGUUAUAGGACUCCUUGCCUUAUUCGAUGGCACGGGAAAGAAGAGAAGGCCCUUCAGCAGGUGGUAUCCGGUGGACCCACAAUUCAAGGAUCUUAUUAGCAAGAUGACCUGCUUCGACCCUCGACGGCGGAUCACUGCCCGGGAGGCACUGAAGCAUCCUUGGUUCAGUGAAUGA